GAAUCUAGAGGCAGAUGUAGGAGGUGGGGCCCAUGUCUCCCAAUCAGCUCAGUGACACUGGCACAUUAGCUCACAGCUUAAAGCCACACAGCGGAAGGAGCAUUUCUUUUAUUUUAUGUAUCAUUAAUAUCCUAUGUGUGCUGCAGCCUGUGCUGCUCCAUGGAGCCUGGGGAGUGUGCGCUGUGCAUGCAUCCCUAUGGGGCUGGAACCUGUGUGUGGCUGCAUCCAGCCCAACUCUGCUUAAAUCCUCUUAGCUCCCCUCCCUCAAUCUGCUUCUUAGCUCUGUCUCCCUGCCAGGGUCAGUAAUAAAAGGUACUAGUAGUUGAAGAUGGAGCCUUUUUUUUCCUAUGCAAGGGAUAUCUGGACUCCGGCCGACAAACAGUUAAAGUCCUAAAAGGCAAUAAUGUCCAGAUUUCCCGAUUUCUUCACCUGCGUCCACACAUUUGAAGCAGCAGUUUCAGCCUAAAUGAAAGUUGCUGAUAUGUGUUCAAGAUGAGUGGAAUAGGAGAUAAUCCCGCGGACCCUUCCAGGGUGGAGCAGCGGAAGAGGAAAGAAAGUCCAGAUCAGCUUGGCCCCAGCCCCAAGAGGAGCACUGAGAAGCGAAAUCGAGAGCAAGAAAAUAGAUACAUAGAGGAGCUGGCAGAGCUGAUUUUCGCGAAUUUCAAUGAUAUUGACAACUUCAAUUUUAAACCCGACAAAUGUGCAAUCCUGAAGGAAACUGUGAAGCAGAUUCGACAGAUCAAAGAGCAAGAAAAAGCAGCAGCUUCGAACGAGGAUGAAGUUCAGAAAGCGGAUGUAUCUUCAACAGGCCAAAGUGUCAUAGACAAAGAUGCGCUCGGACCGAUGAUGCUCGAGGCCUUGGAUGGAUUCUUCUUUGUGGUGAACCGUGAAGGGAAUGUAGUGUUUGUCUCUGAGAAUGUGACUCAGUAUCUCCGGUACAACCAGGAAGAGCUAAUGAAUACCAGUGUAUAUAACAUACUACAUGUCGGAGAUCACAAUGAGUUCAUCAAAAACCUGCUGCCAAAGUCUUUAGUAAACGGGGGACCUAGACGUAAUAGCCAUACAUUUAAUUGCCGUAUGCUGGUGAAGCCAAUAGCAGAGUGUGAAGAGGAAACUCACGACAGCCGGGAAACGCACCAGAAAUAUGAAACUAUGCAGUGCUUUGCAGUAUCCCAACCAAAGUCCAUAAAGGAAGAAGGAGAAGAUUUACAGUCUUGCUUGAUAUGUGUGGCCAGAAGAGUUCCAAUGAAAGAAAGACCUCCUCUUCCCACCUCUGAAACAUUCUCAACCCGUCAGGACUUGCAAGGUAAAAUAACCUCUCUGGACACGAGCACUAUGAGGGCGCUAAUGAGACCAGGCUGGGAGGAUCUAGUGCGGCGGUGUAUUCAGAAAUUCCAUUCUCACGAUGGCGAAUUGUCUCUCAGCAAAAGGCAUCACCAAGAAGUUCUCAGGGUAGGACUUGCAUUAAGUCCUAUAUACCGAUUUUCAUUGUCUGACGGCACAGUUGUUGCUGCCCAAACACGGAGCAAGCUUAUCCGCUCUCAAAAUACAAAUGAACCUCAGCUGGUAAUAUCCAUUCACAUGCUUCAGAGAGAACAGAAUCUAUGUGGAAUGAAUCAGGACAUGACUGGACAAAACAGCAGCCCGGCCCAUCAAGCAGUGUGCAGUGGGAACCCUGGUCAGGACAUGACCAUCAGUAGCAAUAUGAAUUAUGCCAUAAAUGGCCCAAAGGAACAAAUGGGCUUGUCAGCUGGCAGAUAUGUUGGCUCGGGAGGGAUGAACCAUGUCUCCAGCAUGCAAGCUGCCACUCCUCAGGGUAAUAACUAUGCACUCAAAAUGAAUAGCCCUUCACAGGGAAGUCCUGGAAUGGUCCAGGGUCAACCUAACUCUAUGCUUUCCCCAAGACAUCGCGUAAGCCCAGGAGUGGCGGGAAGUCCUCGUAUUGCACCCAGUCAGUUUUCCCCUGCAGGAAGUUUGCAUUCUCCAGUUUGUAGUAGCACAGGAAAUAGCCAUAGUUUUGCCAAUAGCUCUCUGAAUGCACUUCAGGCUCUUAGUGAGGGCCACGGUGUCCCGCUUGCCCCACCCAUGGCAUCACCUGACCUGAAAAGUGGGAAUGUACAAAAUUCGCCAGGUAGCAUGAACGCACCCCAACUGAGAAAAAUGGGGAGCGUGGACGCUAAAGAAUCUUUUGGGCUUUACGGGGAGCAACCUGAUGGUGGGCCUGGGCAAGCAGAGACUAACUGCCGCUCAUCGGACCAGAAGGAUUGUAAUGACAGCAUGGCUCCUGGUGGGGACAAAACAGAUGGUCAGAACAGGUUGAUGGACAGCAAAGGCCAGACAAAACUAUUGCAGUUACUUACCACCAAAUCUGAUCAGAUGGAGCCCUCACCACUCAACCCUUUGGGAGAUACAAACAACAAAGACUCCUUGGGACAUUUUGCAGCCAAUAGUAUGUCUGCCUCAGCACAUGGAACCUCACUGAAAGAGAAGCAUAAAAUUUUGCACAGACUUCUUCAGGACAGCAGCUCACCUGUUGACCUGGCCAAGCUUACAGCCGAGGCCACUGGGAAAGAACUGAAUCAGGAGUCCAAUAGCACAGGCCCUGGCUCUGACGUUACUAUAAAGCAGGAACCAGUGAGCCCCAAAAAGAAAGAAAAUGCACUACUACGUUACUUGUUAGAUAAGGAUGAUAGUAAGGAUAAUCUGGGUGAUAUCACGCCUAAGAUGGAGCGUUUGGAUAACAAGAUGGACCCUUCAAAUUGCACCAAGCUGAUAAAGGUCGAAAAAGAGGAGCCUGGAUAUCCAUCUGAUCAGCUUUUACCGAGCAGCUCUGAUUUAGAUAACCUGGAUGAAAUCCUGGAUGACUUACAGAACAGCCAGUUAAACCAGCUUUACUCGGACACUCGGCCUGAUGCUAACUCCGUGGACAAACAAGCGAUCAUCAAUGACCUGAUGCAGAUCGCUGGUGAUAACAGCUCGGCCCUACCUCACCGAAUGCAGAGGGAGAGAGUGCUCCGGAUGCAGCAGAACAUGUUCAAUAAUCAACGCGCUCAACAGCUUCAGCUUGGAAGACUUUUACCAAACCAGAAUGUACCAUUGGACAUUGGUUUACAGAACCAGACCACUGCUGGAUCCUUUCAACCCAUGAGGAAUACCAGCCCCUUCUCUGCUAUGCCGCCAUCUGGAAUGAUGAACAGUCAGGCAAUGAUGGGAGGACAAGGUGGUGUGGGCAGCAGUAGUCCUGGAAUGAUGGGUGGAAAUGGCCCUCGGCCAACUUUACAGUCGACUGAGUGGGGUUCACAGACGGCAAAUCCUGUGAGGACGGCAUGUCCCACAACUGGCAAUACAAUGAACAGGCCAAUGCAGAGCAUGAUUCGCAGUCCAACCUCAAGUAUGCCAAUGAGGCCUGCCAACCAGCCAUGUCCUAGACCAAUGAUGCAGUCCCCUGUAAUGAAUAUGGGAAAUUCUGAAUUAGACAUGAACAUGACUGGGCCACCAUAUACCCAGCAGCAGGCGCCUCCUAACCAAACCGCUCCAUGGCCCGAUAGUAUUUUGCCUAUUGAACAAACUUUCAGCAAUCAGAACAGGCAGCAGUUCAGCUCUUCAGAAGACAUACUUUGUCCCCCACCUUCAUCAGAGUCUCCGAAUGAAGAGGGGAAUCUCCUCGAUCAGCUUUAUAUGGUUUUACGAAACUUUGACGGUUUGGAGGAAAUUGACAGAGCGCUUGGAAUACCAGAACUAGUCAGUCAGAGUCAGACUGUUGAUCCGGAAUCAUUUGUCAGUCAAGAAUCCAGCUUGAUCAUGGAACAGAAGGCGCCUCUCUACAACCAUGCUUACUCUCAAGGGCAGAUGGCACAGAAUAGCUAUGCUCAAAUGCCAGAUCCAAACUUCCACCCUAUGGGGCAGCGACCAACCUAUGGAAUGCUGCGUAUGCAAACCCGGCCAGGAUUGAGGCCCACUGGAAUGGUACAAAAUCCACCAAACCCAUUAAGACUCCAGCUACAGCACCGCAUCCAGCAUAACCGGCAACCAAUUAUGAAUCCUAUGAAUAAUGUCUCCAACAUGAAUAUGUCCAUAAGGCAAGGAGUUCCAGCACAGAUGAGGGAGCAGGCACCCAUCAAUGCACAAAUGUUGGCUCAACGGCAAAGGGAGAUCUUGAGUCAACACCUUCGGCAAAGACAACUUCAACAGCAGCAGCAACAGCAGCAAGUGCAACACAGGGCCAUGAUGAUGAGAGGUCAAGGACUGUCUAUGCCACCAAACAUGGUGGCUUCUGCAGCCAUGUCAGGAUCAAUAAGCAGCCCUCGGAUACCACAAGCCAAUGCACAGCAGUUUCCAUUUCCUCCGAACUACGGUACUGGAAUUCCAUCCCCACCACCUUUCACCAGUCCUUUCUCCCCAGUGCCCCCCAGCCCUGGGUCACAGUCGCUCUCUCACAGCUCUUUGCAUGGCUCCCAGAUGAAUCUGGCUAACCAAGGGAUCAUGGGGAGUAUGGGAGGACAGUAUGGGCCUGUCUUGAAUCCCCCAAUUCAGCACAAUGCCUUCCAGUUUGCCAGCUCAGGAAUGAGCCAGCAGUCAGACCCUGGAUUCACUGGGGCAACUACUCCUCAGAGCCCAAUUAUGUCACCCAGAAUGGCUCACACCCAAAGUCCCAUGAUGCAGCAGUCACAAGCCAACCCAGCGUACCAGUCAGCAGACAUGAAUGGAUGGGCACAGACAAAUAAUGGAGGAAACAGUAUGUAUUCACAACCAUCUCCACCACACUUUGGUCAACAAUCUGGUGCUGGCAUGUAUAAUACCAAUAUGAACAUCAGCGUUUCGAUGGCGACCAAUGGAAAUGGCAUGAAUAGCAUGAAUCAAAUGGCUGGACAGAUCAAUAUGACUUCAGUGACCUCUGUGCCUACAUCAGGGCUGUCCUCUAUGGGUCCAGAGCAGGUUGGUGAUCCCACUGUGAGAGGAGGCAGCCUAUUUCCAAACCAGCUACCUGGAAUGGAUAUGAUUAAACAAGAAGGAGAUGCAUCAAGGAAAUACUGCUGACCCUGAAGAUGCCAGGGAUGUGUUGUCUUUCUUCUGACCAGCUGGAACCUUUCUCUGGUUUGGAAGAGUCCCGUCACCUUGGUAGUGUUCUUAUAGACUGGUGUGAUGCCAGCUUGCAGGCCCUUGUAGAGGUGACCUGACCUGCCUCCAGUUACAAAGCUGAAGUUGUGUUUUCCGUGAUGCAGCCUCUUCACCAGGCAGUGUGGAGCUAGAAUACAGACAUGUGGCCGUCUGUUCACUGCAUUCACCUUAGUGCGACUUAGAUACCUGCUGUGGAGUCAUUAUGGACAGGCAAAUUUCAUUGGACUUUUGGAAAUGAAUGUAUUUAAUUGUAUGUAUUUAAGAAAAACUAUGCUUUUUUUUUUUUCUUUUUUGCUUUUUAUUUCCUCUUCUGAAGUUUUUGACACUGGUUUCUAACCUUAUAUUUCUUGGGCUUUUAGCCCAUUAGAUACUUUUGCUACCACAUGAAGGCUUUCCCCCCCUUUUUCCUUCUCAUUUUGGAAUUGUAUGUUUUUUUUUUUUUUUUUUAUUUGUGGGUGGGAAGUUCUAAUAAAUUUCUGGGUGAAAGCCAGGUUAUUUCUAAACUGCACCACAGCAAAGCAUGGCUCAAUGAAAUUAAAGGCACUGUGGAUUAGUAUUGUGCACCUACACAGACUGGGUAUUUCAUAGUAGAUAAUGGUUGAAGUAGGCAGGUUUUAUUUGACUACUCUUUUAGGUGUCUCCUUUUUUUUUUUUUCUGAGGCUAGUCAAUUGUAGCAGGGAGUGUACAAUGAUCUCUAACAGAAAUAUAUAUUCUAUAAAUUGUAGAGCAGCCUUCUGCUGUUUCUAACGGCGCUUUGCUGUGCAUUAUAAUUAUAGCUGAAUGUGAAUUUUUUUUAUUUUUAUUUUUUAUUGAAAAUGAUAGGGUGCAAAUACUUUCAUACCUGUUUGCAAACCCUCCUUAUUAUGGGUCUUUAAAGAACAAGCAUGUCACGGCUGCUUUCAGUGAUGCCACUUCUACACGCUGUAGGCCAAGAAGGGGUAAAUAUGUGGAUAGCCUCUAUAUCAAUUUAACUCCCCCCAUCUUUACUGAAAUAUUAACUUGGCAAAAAAAAUCUAUAAGAAACCAUAUUUUUUCAAACUCUUUAGGUUUAAUUUUCCUAUGACAGGGUGGAUUUUUUAAUGGUACAUAACCGAGCAAUAAUUUAAUUUUAAAGGAGGUUUUUAUUUGUAAACAUUUUGUUUUGUAAAAAAAAAAAAAAAGAAAAGAAAAAAAAUGUGUUGUCAAUUAAAAAAAUAAAAUAAAAAGGUACUUCAGUAUUAAAUAGGUAAUUUCUGAACCUUGGCCGCUGCGUGGCUUUCAUAGUCACAACGCUUUUGAUAGAACUAGUUUGUAGGCAUAACCCUUUCUAAAUUCAGUGUCUUGCUUCACAUUCUGUAUGAUCUGAGGUGCACUAGUCUAGAGCGCAACAAGACCUUUUUGUAAAAUUUUUUAACUCUAGAAAGGAAAACCGUGAGAUCACCCUGUAAUUCAGUUUGCACACCAUUGAUGAGAACCCCAUCAGGCUCUUGCACAGUGUGGCAUUGAUAUUUGGAUUGGUUCAAAUAGACAAUGAGAUAGUGGCGAAAACUGCUGGAAAGUUUGUAACAUUUGCAUUCAUUCUCUAAGAUGUUCUUAAAAACUCAAUUGGGAUUCUUACCAAGUAAAUAAUUUUUACCAUGUCUCCUGAUUCAACCCAAUGUAACAAGAAAUGGUGCUGAUAGUUCAUCGGAAUCAUUGUCAAUGCUGAUAAAAAUCAUUGCUGCUGGGUUUUGCCCUUAAGUGGUUUCUCAAGGACUAAUAAAGUUUAUUGAAGUGGGCACGGUAACAUCUCGAGAAUCUUUGGCUGUUUACAUGGAGUGCCUCCACAGACCAAGAAAUCCAUAGCAUUUUUCAACCAGGUAAAAUAUAACAGACCAUUUGGUCUUUAGUCAUGCGCCUUACAAUAAACAGGUAUGUCUCUGAGAACCCUUUUAAGAACUAAAGGUCACUAAGCUUGUUUGAUGUUGCCUAUCUGUAAAAAUCCUGUUAAAUAUUUUAAAAGGACCUGUGGUCACUUCUAAAAACACCAUGUAGUGGUAUAUAUAGAUAGAUUCCUUGGGGGGGCUAAUCACAUACCUUUUUGCGGUUUAUUGAUAAUCCCCCUCAUUUCAGAGUUGUGGAGUAUAAUUACGAUACUCAGUAGGUAUGGGUGGGCUUGUCAGGGACGGGGGCGUGAAUAAUUUACAUCCAUGCUGUACGCGCUCCUGACUCUUUUCUGAUAUAGUCAGCAGCAUCUGUCGAGACUAGAGA